CAACAAAUUUCGUCAGUUGUGUUGUGAGCGUCGGUCCGUUUGGUCGUGAAGUUGUUAUCCUCGUGCGCGUUAUUUUUUUGAAUUUCUGGCUGUCCCCGUGUGUGUUGCCAAAGCAAGAGGGAAGAAAGAAGCAAAAGUUCGUUGCGUUUCGAUUCUGGUGGUUCGUGAAAAUUGUCUCGAAAAAGUGUGAUUGUUGUGGGAAAGUAUCGCCGUGCAAAUCGUUUGUCGGAUUUGCCGUAAACAAAAAGGAUUACCUGCAGCAGAAAAGCCGGAUAGCUUGCUUGGAAGAGAAUUUUCAACCUGAAAAGGUCGCAGCAUAAAUCGAGGUUAUCCGUGCAGUAUAUGCAAAUAAACGAUUGAAGAUCUUCCAUCAGCUAAAAACACACGCACACGCCAUGUCACUGCAGGUCCAGUCAAGCCAACCGGCAGCCGCUCCGUCCGGUCGCCGUACACCACAGGUGUACCAAAAUCUGGUGGCCACCCCACCGACGGCUCCGGCCAGCGCCACCCCAACUCCGCCCACCAACGGCAGCAGCAACAAACCGUCAUCAGGGAACAAGCUCUCGCUGAAGGGUUCCACCAGUGGCAAGUCCAGCCCGGCGGCUUCUUCGGGCAAAGCCAGCCCGGCCCCGGCUCAACCAACCGUGACGGUCACUCCGGCGAUGCCGCAGUCAGCACCCAUCGUGGCCAUCGUCGAUCUGGUAGGCGACGAGAAGGUGGCGUCGCCAGCGAAGGCCACCGCUGAAAAGAAGGAAGUCACCAAUGGCAAGGACACAAACGGCAAGCACGAGGAGGCGGCGAAGGAAUCUCCGCGCAAGGAGACCAAGUCCAGUCCGAAGGCUAGCCCGAGAGCGACUCCGCAGAAGAGCAUUCCGGUGGAGCAGGUCAAGACACCGGAGACGGUUUCGCCGAAGAAGCCUGCUGCUUCUGCUGCAAAGGAGGUUAAGGAAGCUGCUGUGGCAGCGGAACCUGCAAAAAAGAAGGUGGACAACUCGUUGGUCGGAGAGAAGACCCUCAAAGGGUUCACCGCCGAAGGAGACGAGAUGGAGUCGCUGGUUGUGGAACCGUCCGAGUACGAGGAUUCGCCAAUGCCGCCACGCACCGGUGGAAAGUCCAAGCUGCUGAAGGGAGGCCCACCAACCCGGGCUCGAAUCAGUCCCUUCCGAGUGGCCCAGGAAGCAGUGGCCGUGGCCAACGCUAGCACCGUGGUCAACCUGAGCACCGUCAGCGAGGGACAGCACGCUGAGUCGAACGAAUCUUCCCCGGCGGUUGACUUCAACCGACCGCUGCGCGCCAUUUCCGGCCGUCGCUCGACGCGUCCCCUGACCGAUAUCCAGUUCUCGUACCGCAAGCCGACCGCCGAUCUGAACGACUCCUCGUCCAGCCUGAACGUCACCGUCGGUUCGGAAAUCCACAACGACAGUCUGCGCACCCCCGCCGGCUCGUCCCGCAAGCGCAAGGCCAUGACCCCGGAAUCGACCUCCGACGCGCUGGACGUUAAGGAACACACCGACAGCCCCAAACGCACCCGGCUCGACUUCAGCGGCUUCCUCGGAAUCGUCGCCAGCCCAGUCACCAUGCUGAAGAACCGCUUCUCCCGGGUCCGGCUUCACGCCAGCACGCCCGUCGCCAAACGCAGCUUCGAAACCGAGGAAGACCUCGUCGGCAAGGUCGUCACGGCCGAAGCCACCACAACCACGGCCAACAUCUCCGGUGGCGCCGCCGCUGACAACAAAAUGGAAGUCGAACCGGCAGCGGAAACCGCCGACAAGACCGAGCAGAAACCGGAAGAAUCCAGCACCACGAUCAAGGACGGCCAAACCGAUGUCCCCGCCAGCGAAGAUGCCUCCACCGCCGAAGAGGCCAAAGAGGACUCGGUCGAGGUCAAAGACGUCACCGACAAGCAGCGGCGUUGUGUCAUCAUGUAAAGUGACCCCUUUGUAUUGUAAUUUUACUCUCUCUCUCUCUUCUUUUAAUUUGCCCCCACCCCCCGUUUAUUUCGAUGCAAGUGUUGCAUUUUUCCGCAACCCCCGAAUGCGUGAGGGCACACCUUAAAAAACACUUCUUUUAAAUGUUUUGUAAGUCCAGCACACCUUAAAAAAAAGCGGGGUGGCGUGAAGAAGAAGAACCGAGCGCGCGUUCUUCGACCGAUUACAAAUAAAGCUAAAAUAUGUUUUUUUAAAUAUCCGGCAAAACCGUGUCGCUUUGAAAUCUUUUUCACCAUUCAUCCAAAUCUCCAGAUAACUACUCUUUAGCAAUUCUCUCCGAAAUCGGUCGAUUUAAAUUAAAUUUAAUUUUUAUGUUUCUUGAUCUGGCUAAACCUUUGUGGGCCAUCGCUAUCAAAACCACUUUUUUGCAUUAACUUGGUUUGUCAGUGGCUCCACAAUGUUGCAACCAAGAAAAAUAAAAUCCCGGUUUUCGUAGAGAAUCGCUCUCUUAUAAAUCUACGAUUUUAGUUUGUAACGGUUAAAUUUAUAUGAGAUUUGUUGUUAGUACCUUUUGGGUUAAGAAGCAUCAUCGGAAAACAAUUAAAAAUGAGGUAAAUCAAUUGCAAUAAAAAGAAGAAAAAAAAGAUCCUUGCUCAAAUGCGAAAGUAGAUCUUCCCUGAGCAACUAUUGUGACCCAUCUUGCAGAUAUAGGCUAGCUGUGGCAAAUAAAUGCAAACGUAUCUUAGUUUUAGUAAAAGAACACACCCACAUAAACCAUAAACAAUAUUGGAAACGGAUCGAUCUAUGAAAAUUGAUUGCAAACAAACAACAUAUUAAGAAUGAAGAGUUCGGUGUAGUUGUAGAAUUAUCACAAUCAUAAUCAUUUUAAAAUAAAAUUGAUUGAGUUCGGUGAAAACAAAACACAGACAUUAAAGUAUAGAACAAGAGAAAAACUUUGUAGUAAACCCAAAAAAAAA